GCAGAACCCCUAGAGCCCUGGCCCAGCGCUGUGUUCGCAACAUGUCAGCCCCCGGGGCCCGGGUCGCCGCCUUGGAUCAGGGGCCUGGGGUCCGCAGGAGAGCGUGGGCCGAGCUGCUGGAGGGAAGGGUCGAGAGGCAGAAACUGAGUCUGGAAGGGGAGCAGAAGGUGAGAGAGUCAGCCGUGCGCCUCCUGAGAAGCCAUCUAAACCUGAGUGACCUCAUUCUGGAGGUAGAAGGUCCUCCCUGUGACCAGCUGUGUCUCCGCCAGUUGAUUGAUUGUGAUGGUCCUGACGCCCACACUGACCUUUCUAGUUCAUUGAUAGGCUCUGCUUUGCGGGAUCAAGCCACACGGCUGGGCAUCCCAGCAGCUGUCCUGUCCAGCCAGGUGGUGGCAUCUGGCCUCAUGCGGAUCUGUGAGACAGACACGAGGCCCCCUCCGAAGGUGCUGCUGACACCAGAGCAGAGGAAGAAACUGUCAUCCUUGUUGGAGAUCGCUCAGAACUUGUUAGCACGGAGCAUGUUCUCCCGUCUCUACUUCUGUCAAGAAUUAUGGAAAGCACGGAAUUCUUUGCUGCUUGAAGCUGUGUGGCGUCUUCAUGUUCAGAACGUUGUAAGCAUCCCAGAGCUGCUGGAAAGCCACGCCGACACCCAGGCUGUGGUGGUCUGGCUCUGCAAGGACCUGGGCCUGCUGUGUGAGCAGAUAGAGGCGCCCUGUCAGCACGCUGAGGUCGCCAGGGCUGUGCUUGCCGAUCUUGUGCAAAUGUUUGUUUUGAGGGGAUUCCAGAAAAGCGAGGGUAUGAGGGGAGACGGGGCACCAGCACAGAUGGCCCAGAUCGCCACGGCUGUUCUUGAGCGGAUGCUGGCUUCCACUCUCGAAGCUAUGGCAGCUGGCCUUCAGGAGGGAUCCCCAGGAUACAAGGCAGGGAGCUGCUGGUUCGGUGUGUUCAGUGGACCCAUGUACCAGAGUAUACUUUCAGCAGAGACUCUGAAGAAGUGGUUCUGUCAUACUCUAACUCAGAUCCUCACCCACAAGCCUGUGCUAAAAGUUUCUGAUGCCGUUCAGAUGCAGAGAGAGUGGAGCUUUGCAAGGACCCCCACUCUCCUCAGUGGCCUGUACCGCAGGCUCUUUGUGAUCCUGAGCCCAGAAGAGCUGGUGGGCCACUUACAAGAUGUUCUGGAGACACAGGAAGUAAACUGGAGGCACGUGCUGUCCUGUGUGUCCACGCUGGUCAUCUGCCUCCCGGAUGCACAGCAGCUGGUUAAUGGUUGGGUGACCCGUCUGCUGGCACGUGCGUUCGAGAGCUGGGACUUGGACAGCAUGGUCUUGGCGUUCCUGGUCGUGCGGCAGGCCGCGCUGGAGGGCCCAGCUGUCUUCCCGUCCUACGCUACCUGGUUCCAGGCCACUUUCGGCAGCACUAGGGGCGUCCACAGCUGCAGCAAGAAGGCGCUGGUCUUCCUCUUCAAGUUCCUGUCCGACCUCGUGCCCUUCGAGGUCCCCCGGUACCUGCAGGUGCAUAUUCUCCACCCACCCCUGGUCCCUGGCAAGUACCGCGCCCUCCUCACCGAUUAUGUGGCACUGGCCAAGACGCGCCUGGCUGACCUCAAAGUUUCUAUAGAAAACAUGGGGCUCUAUGAGGACUUGUCUUCUGCUGAAGACAUCACGCAGCCCCAGAGCCAGGCAUCCCAGGAUGUCGAGAAGGCACUCACGGUGUUUGAACACACAGGGAAGGUUCCCGUUGCCAUCCUAGAGGCCAGCAUAUUCCGGAGGUCCUAUUACCUGUCCCACUUCCUCCCUGCGCUGCUCACACCACGAGUGCUCCCAAGAGCCCCUGAUUCCCGCGAGGCUCUUAUUGAGUCCCUGAGGAGAGCGGAUAAAAUUCCCCCAGCCCUGUACUCCACCUACCGCCAAGCCUGUUCCACUGCUGGACAGAAGCAGCCAGAAGAUGCAGCCCAGGGAGGGGAGGUGGAGCCCAGCUGUGCAGAGGAGCCACUGGACCUGCUCACGGCUGCCCUGCAGAAGCUCAGGGCCUCUAUGACGGACCCCACGCAGCAUGAUGUGCUAUCAGCUCAGGUGGCCAUGGUCUCCGAGAGGCUCCACUCUGUCCUGGGCCUCAGCGAGGAUGUCGGCAGUGACGAAGAGGCCCCGGUGCAGCUCAGCAUCCAGGCUCCUGAGCUGCAGCCGAGGGAGCAGAGGGUGGUGGACCUCCUGCUGACGUCUUUUUGUCAGAACCUCAUGGCAGCCUCCAGCGUCGGCCCACCGGACAGGCAGGGCCCCUGGGCCACCCACUUUGUGAGGGCCCUGUGUGGACGCAGAUUCCUGCCAGCCGUGCUCACCAGGCUCUGCCAGCUGCUCCGUCACCAGGGCCCAAGCCUGAGUGCCUCACACGUGCUGGGCUUGGCUGUGCUGGCUGUUCACCUGGGUGAGUCCAAGUCUGCGCUCCCCAAGGUGCAUGUGGGCCCCCCCGCCUCUGCCAGGGGCCUGCCCAUCCCCGAGUUCAUCGACAGCCUCCUGCCCUGCGCAGCCCAGCAGGCCUCGACGCUGUGUCUGAAAUUUUCUACAGCAGCAAUUUCUUACUCCUUGUGUAAGUUUUCCCAGUCACAUGAGCUUCUGCACAGCUGUCUGUCUCCUGGCCUUAUAAAAAAGUUCCAGUUCAUCAUGUUCAGAUGGUUCCCAGAAGCCCGAGACCUCCCGUCUCAGGAGGACCCGGCUAGCCCACCCUGGAGGCCCCUGUGCCUGCCCUCCGUGGACUGGCGGAGAGCUGCCCUCUGCCUGUGGAAGCAAAGAGCCCUGCAGGAACUGCUGAAGCAGGAGGGGCUCCAGUUGACUUAUAGAGACUGGUUACAGCUGGAAAUAGAAAUUCAGCCUGAAGUUGAUUCUCUUUCAGAUACAGAAAGGCAGGACUUCCAGCAGUGGGCCAUCCACCAGCACUUCCUCCCCAUGCCCUCUGCUGCCGGUGGCUGCGAUGGAGACCUGGAAGCCGCUUGCACUACCCUGGUCCACGUGCUUAUGGACUUCUGCCAAAGUUCGAGGAAUUAUCAUCACUCAAAGAAUUCUGAUUUGGUUUUCGGUGGCUGCAAAGGAAAUCGGGACAUUUUUUCCAGAUUGCAGGAGAUGUGUGCUGACCUGGAACAGGGCCCUGCACCCCUCGGCCACGCUGCUUCCCGCAAACACUUUCUCUUUGGAGUUUUCCACAGACGCCUUCAGGCACUGGCUCACGGGUGGGAUGUGGCCAGCCGCCUCCAGAGACAGCGGGAGCUGCUCACGUGCAAACGCACCCUCCUCGGCCUGCCCGCCUCCAUGCUGGUCAGCAGCCCCUGUGUGGAGCAGCCGGCCACCCCCAGCUGUGCCGAUUUCUUCCACUUGGUCAACUCAGAAUUGAGGAACUUCUCCCACGAUGGUGCCCUCACCCACGACAUCACUGCCCACUUCUUCAGGGGUCUCCUCAACGCCUGUGCACGAAGCAGAGACCCAUCCCUGGCAGCUGACUUGGCCCUGACCGCCUGCCAGACCCAGUGCCCCCUGCUGCUCACUUCUGCUCUGCUGUGGUGGUCGAGCCUGGAGCCCGAGCUGCACUGCCGGUGGAGGAGGUGGUCCCGGAGCCCGCUGCCUGCAGAGCUGCAGAAGCUGCAGGAGGCCCACCUCUUCGCUGAGAGCGUCUCCUCCCCCCUCACACCAUCCCCUGCACCCGGCCCGUCCUGGCUCUGUGCGGCUGCCCUGCACUUUGUGAUUCAACGGGCCAGGAAGGAGAGCAUCUGGCAGGAGCUGGGGAAGCUGGAUGGCCAAGGAGAGGAGCUGUUUGUUUCCCUGUUUUUCUUUUCCUUGAUGGGCCUGCUCUCUUCAUAUCUGAUUCCACAGGCUGUUAGCUCCCUGAAGGCUCUGGACAUCUGUGCGGAGAUCUUGGGGUGUCUGCAGAGGAGGAGGAUUUCCUGGCUGCUCGUCUUUCAGCUGACGGAGGCGGAUGUCCCCCUGGGGCGCACCCUCCUCGGCCUGGCCCCCGACCACCAGGUCAGGCUGCUGCCGGUCGCCUUCUACAGCCUCCUUCCCUACUUUGACAAGGAUGCCCUCCUCACAGAAGAUGCCUUCCUGCACGUUGCUCUCAACAUGUACCUGAAGCUUGUUGGCCUCUUUGUGGCCGGGGAAACCGGUGCAGUCUGGACUGAGGCCCGUGGUGGGGAGCUCCCGACCCAGGGCGACCCCGUAAGCCUGAUAACAAACGCCCGUCUCUUUCUGCUGCAAUUGAUACCUCGGUGCCCAGAAAGGAGCUUCUUGCAUGUGGCAGAGCUGCUGGAUGUGAGUGAAGAUUGUGACCCGGAAGUGAGUGCUGCCCUCCUGAGCAGGCGGCAGGCUGUGCUGGACCCUGCUAUCUCCCAGGAGCCCCAGCUCUUCUGACCCGAUCUGCACAGGGCACUGCCCAGCUCCUCGGAGAAGAAACUGCUGGUCCCAGAGCAGAGGCCACAAGACCCUGCAAGCCGUGGACUGAACCAUCACCACCCAGCACGCAUAGUGGGGGUGCAUCAGGAUACCACUCUGCCCACAGGCCUGAAGCUCAGUCACCACCCC